UAUUCAAGAAUCGAAGACUGGAUUGUAUUGACAAAGGCAAGCGUGCAGAAGGAAAACGGGGUCGAGACUUAGAGAAAAAGUGUAGAAUAUUAUAUAUAAAACAUUCAUCAGAUGAACUAUUCAUUUUGAAUGAAAUCAAGUAAAGUAUUUAAGUAAUAACUGUGAUAGUUUCGCCGUAACCGACCAAGUGAUUAGUGCUUCUAGAAGCCAUUUUUAUGACGUACUCACGUUUUUAAUUGAUACUUUAAGAUGGACAGAAUGAGAGAACGCGAUUAUUCCCCUUAUGGUCGCAGAAGUAUGUCUAUAUCACCUGAUUACAGAAGGGAUUCGCCGGAUUAUAGACCAAGUAGAUCGUCUUCCCGAUCACCGCACCAAAGGAGGCACAAUGGAUACAGAAAUUCACCCUAUCACCCAGUAAAGAAAAAUUGUGAGUUUAAUGAAGAUCAUGAUCACAAUGAAGGCAGAUCAAGGGGUAGCGACUACGAAAGCGAUAGGGAAUAUAGGAGAGAAAGAGAAUCUUCUUAUGAAGAAAGAAGUCAUUCUAGAAGCCCAGACGGGAGAGACAGUCGCAGUAGGUACCAUAGGAACAGAGAACAUCGCAGGGGAAGAAACAGGAGGUCUAGAAGCGACUCAAGAUGGGAAAGAAAAUCAGAGGAAGGCAAAAACCGAGACAGAGACAGAUCUUAUAGAGACGAUGAUAGCGACAGCGAGAGGAGCCCCAAUGGAGCUGUAUUAGGGGCUAGUGGUGCAGAAAUAAUUGGAUAUAAAAGUCAGCCACCAAAUAACACAAUCAUGAUAAGAGGCCUUGCACAACAUAUUACAGAGAACGAUAUUCGACAGGACAUAAUGUUGUGUGGUCUGAUGCCGAAAGAUAUAAGGCUGAUUCGUAAAAAAGAUACAGGUGCCUCUAGAGGUUUCGCCUUUGUCGAGUUUACAACACUUGCUGAAGCCACAAGAUGGAUGGACAUGAAACAGGGAGUGCUGAUGCUACAAGAUCAAUAUAGAGCAAUAAUGCAGUAUAGCAUACCCAAAGAUAUGAGUUUUGGGUAUGAAAAGCCUCCGAAUCAUAAAGCAUCUGCUGACUGGUUCUGUAUCAAAUGUGGGGCACAAAAUUUCAGAAGACGUGACAAUUGUUUUAAAUGUCAUGCUUCUAGAAUGGAAAGUGAAGAGGGGGGUAGUGGCAGUGAUGAAAUUUGCACCUAUGCUACUAAGACCAUAAUGUUACGAAACCUAGAUGCUUUAACCACAGAAGAUUCUGUAAUGGGUGUACUGAAAAGUGUUGUACCAGAUUUGGUGAACAGUAUUGCAGCUGUUACAAUAGGAAGAGAUCCUCUUACUUCCACCUCUAGAGGUAUAUGCUAUUUAGGUCUAGAGAGCACAAUAGACUCUCUCACACUUUAUGGUGCCCUUAGCAAUUUAUCAAGCCCUCUUGUAAUUGACGGAAAGACAGUGAUAUUAUCAUACUGCAAAUACCAAAUGGGGGACAACAAAAGAGCUUAUUCUGAAGCUGAAAAUGUUGCUUUUCCAAAUGCUGCCAUUCCAAGCACUUAUGCAAUGACUGAUGUGGAUAGUUUAGCAGAAUAUGCAGCUAAUCGAUACGCUAAAACACCUCAAGAGUACAUUCACUAUGUCAUGUACUACAAAGAAUAUUUUACCCAACAGAUAAGUGCUGGUAACUCAAUAACCCUGCAUCAGGAUAAUCAAAUGGAUGCUGCAAAUGCUGCUGCUGCAGUAGCACAGUCAGCCAUCCAACAAGUGAAUGCAACCAAAUCAAUGUAUGAUACAUCCCAAAGGACCAUACCUACUGGAGUUGAUGGCAAAAGAUACCCAAUACCUGACAUUUCCAAGUAUGUCUUGGACAAAACAAGCAAUUACCAAUUUGACCCAAGUACAGGCUUAUACUUUGAUUCUCAAACUGGCUACUAUUGGAAUCCUCUUCUACAAAUUUAUCUAUAUUGGGAUCCAGAGAAACAAACCUAUGUUAGAGCAGACAGUAUGGAGCAAUAUUCAACUCAGCAGGUAUCAGUACAAAAUUCAACUGUGCAAACUUCUACAUCAGGGGAGCCAGAGAAUAAAAAGCAAAAACCAGAAAAGCAGGAUAAAGUUAAAGUAGCCAAAAAAAUUGCUAAAGAUAUGGAAAGAUGGGCGAAAACUUUGAAUCAGAAAAAGGAAAUUUGUGCAUCUAAAGCAAAUUAUGAUAUGCACAACAACAACGGCUCCAGUGCUUCAGCAGAUAUUGGAUUCUCAGUGUUGGAGAAGAAAGUUAACAUGAACACAACUGUGUAUCAAAAGGAAGUACCAGAAGAAGCAGAACCUAUACCUCAUGGUCCUCUGGUUGCUGCUUAUGGAGGAGAAAGUGAAUCAUCAGGUGAUGAAGAGCAUUUCGAUGAAAAUGAACUACUAGACUUCAAAAAACUCAUCUGCAAUUUGUGUAAAAGACAACUUGGUUCAACUGAAGCACUUGCCAAACAUGCUCAGCUUUCCAAUCUGCAUAAACAGAAUUUGGAAGCUAUAAGAAAAUUGAGAAAAUCAGAAGCCUCAGAGAAAAUUGUUUAUAGAGAUAGAGCAAAAGAAAGAAGAAUGAAGUAUGGAAAUCCAGAUGAACCCCGUCCUAGUAAGCUCAAGGAGAAAUUUUUAAAAUCAAAGGAAUUGACAGAUAUUCCAGUUGCUGCUUCUGUACUUGAACCAAUUGGUGCGGAAAAUGUUGGCAACAAACUUUUACAGAAAAUGGGUUGGACCGAAGGCCAAGGUUUAGGAAAAUUAAAUCAAGGAAGGACAACAAUCAUUCAGGCUGAACAUCGAAGUAACUCUGCAGGAUUAGGGAAUACGUUACCAGGUUACAAUGCUGUUGCAGGAGAGUCUUACAAAGAUUGUGUUAAAAAAAUGAUGUAUGCUAGGUACCAAGAAUUGACAGAAAAAGAAAAUUCAACAUAGUCCAUUUCGGUUUCUACAUUGUAAAUAAUUUGUGGCAGUUCCAUAUUAAUGCAGAAAAACAAUGGAAUGAAUUCUCAAUAUGAUCAAUCAUCAAGAUUGAAAGUUGAGAAGAAUCCCUUGAAAACUUUUGUUCAUUUUGUUGUUCUGUUAAUGAUUGGUUUUCAAUAAUUAGUUAGCUUUAUCAAUUUAUGUAAUCAUUUUUUAUAAUUAAUUUUUCAUAAUUUUCUUCAUCUUGGAAAUAAAUCGAAAUUUCAUUAAUUUAUUGGAAUUAUUUCAAAUUGUAGCAUUCAAUAAUUAAGUUGCAUGUGCCAAACUUGUUUACACCAUUCUAAGAAAUGAAUUAAUUAUUAAUUCAUGUUACAUAUUUGAACAGAUACAUCAUUGUUCCGGUUUUUUUUUUGUAAAUACCAUAAAUUAUAUGUGUAAAUGUUAAGCUUAUUUUAUAAAUAUUUGGAAUAAGAAAUGAGUAUUUUCUCCUGAUUUAUAUACUAUAAUUUUUGAAAAAUAUAAUUUAAUUUAA